CAACAACAAUGGCAGAUUGUAUUGAAGCGCUACUCGUUGUGGUUUUGCUCUGUCGAAACGAAAUGGAACAAAUGGUACAAAUGGGACGACUUUACUACCAACUUCACAGUCGUUUCAUGCUACAUUCAAGACUUCUUUACAAUCAUCAUCAUCAACUUCAACGACGAUCCGUUAGGAGAAAGAAGAUCAUGUUGAAGCUGGCGGAAAGGCGGAUGCAGAGCUCAUUUGCCGAAAUAUCUGGUUUGGAGCGUACUGUGUCGGAACCACCACUACCGUCGGCGUGUAGCUCCCCAGUGCGGAUGGAAGGGUCUCCUCUUACGGCAAGCAGCUCUUCCCAGGAAUGUCUGGUGAACCUAAUCCAGCCAGUGGGCCGAAACAAACAGGUUAAAAGGAAGCGGGAUUCGUCAUCUGGCCUUCUGAGUUAUAUGGAGAAAAGUGACGUGAGGGAUGAAAGGCUACUGGAGCAGGGCCAGGUGAUGCUUCAGGAGGUGCAUACUGCCAAUACUGCCAAUGCUGACUUCCUAAAGGUGUUCAGCAAAAUUGAGGAGAACAGCCACUCAAUGCUUGGCUUGGUAGACAGGAUUGUGAAGGUGAUGGAGACCAACAAGCGCUGACUUUAUUUUUUGUAUGUAAAUUGUUCAUACUUUUUUUGUUCAUACCUUUUUUCAACACACAUUCUUUUUUUUUAACACAUUAUUAUAGUAUAUAAAGUAUAUUCUCCACACGUUUUUUGAAUAAAUCUUGUUUAUAUACGAAUAUUGUCCAUACUUGUCUUU